AUGCGUGAAAGCCAAAAAAAGCAACAACAGACAUUAAUACUGCUGGCAGCGACGACGCUGCUAAACGUAACAGCGGUAGCACUCGCACAGCCCAACAAGGUUUGCACGACACCGUGCGGGUGCAAGUCAAGAGUAAUUAAGCGGCUGGAGGUGUACACCACACAAUUUGAACGAGCCCUAGGCCAACACCAAGCCAAUCUUUUAGACUUUUCCAAGCUGAUAUUGGCAGCAGUAGCAGCCGACAACCAACUUAAGCGGAAGGCGGCGGCGGCACUUGCGCCAGCGGCGGCAAUCCUAGCCCGUUGCACCGACCAAUUAAAUGCAGCAGCACCGCCUCUCACGGCAGCGGCCUAUCAGGCCGGGUACACUGCGGCAACAUACGCGGCGCAGCACGCAUUAACGACAAUGGCCGGCACACUAAAAAUUGAGCCCACCGGCGGCAAGACGCUGAAGGCAGAAACGAUCACGACGAAGACGCUCGGCAGCAUUCCACCAGCAAUGUGCCCAACAGAAGACCAGACUGAAACAGGCGUCAAAAUCACAACGGAAAGCGAAAAGGACGAGCCAAAGCUGGCGACAAUAAAACUGCACAGCAACGCACAAGCAAAAUGCACGGCAACCGGGGCCAACAGCUGCCACGACAACGCUCUAGCCGACUCAGGUAAUCUGGAAAUUCAACUGACAUACGCCAUGGGACAGAAGAAAACUCCAUGGACGUGGAACAGCAACACAAACGCCGACUUCCAAACGACCCACUCGGCGGAAAUCAACUUGCUACGGGGCAAUGAAAGCGACCUAGACAGCAAACUCACGACGCUGCGGACGGCACACGCAUUGGACAGUUGCAGAAAAGCGAUCGCGGAGUACAGCGCACUAAGUAGCGAUCCAAACUGGGCGCUUUUUAAUGCCAAAGCGCUACUAGACAACUUCGAAAGCGAGAAGCCAAGCGACAUCAGCUCCGACAGAUUAGAGCAAGCAACAAACAAGGCUUACGGACCCGACGGCACAAACUAUAAAAACAAUGUAUGGCACAAAAUCGAACAAACCCAGGUGCCCACAGUACAGCACGAACAGCUGAAACUUCAGCCCAUAAAGAGCUUAAGCAGCACUGACGAGAUCGGGGCGGCUCUGGCUAGAGUUUUCAUAAACCAACAAAAAAAGGAGACCCAGACACAUCAGAAGCAGGGACAAAAAGAUGACGACACGAAAGAAAAUGAAUGCAGUAACAAAAAUGGAGAUAAAUGCAAAGGGGAUUGCGUUCUGGAUGGGGACAUUUGCAAACCCAAAAAGAAAGGAGAGGAUGAAAACAAAGAAAAAGAUGGAAAAACAGCUUCAACUUGUGCAGGGAAAGACGAGAAAACAUGCGGCACCACUCAGGGUUGCAGUUGGGAAAAUAAUGCUUGCAAGGAUUUCUCUAUUCUCCUAACCAAACAAUUCGCCCUCAGCAUGGUUUCUGCUGCAUUUGUAGCCUUUCUUUUCUAA